AUGGAAUGCCGUCAGCGGAAGCCUCCAAUCUAUAAUCGUGCGCAGUCCGCAGAUUGCAUCCGGGAAGUACAAUACUCAAGUCAUACUUCGAUGCUCUUUUCGAUGCUACCUGUAGCUGUGCAAGCUCGAAUACCCAAACUUCCUUACCUAGGUCGUUCGGCGAGAGACUAUGGGCUUUCCAGACCCAGUUCUCCCGACUCAAAGGCUAGCUCCGGGUCGGAUACUCCAGAGCUUGGAUAUACAUCCGCCAUUGUCUUAAGCCAUCUUGGCGAAGUUAAGAAUGGAAAUCAAAGCUACUUUGGUGGGAGUGUUUGUUCCGACGAUGGAGACCUGCGAAUUUCGGCGUCACAUAUGCCUCCUCCACUAGUACAUGUAGAACCAGGAGACUCGAGAACCGGAAUUGCAUGGAAGUUUGCAAAUCAAGGCCUGAGUCUUCUUGGUCUCGCUGUUGAAGAAUGCUGUACAAUAUCCCGGGAUGGGGAGUUUGGAAAUUCUGAUCUUGCGCGGCAGCUGUACAUGCACGCGUUGACAUAUCUACUGCGAGCCCUUCCAUCAGACCUCAAUGAAGAAGAGAGAUCAAGUUUACGGAGCUCCCUACCUCAUAGAGUCGUUGAGCCUUUGGAGAUGAACACGAGCACUCACUUUACGGAUCGUUCCCAAAGCAACGUCAACAUUCCCUCACAACCAUCAUUCAUCCACCGAACUUUAGCAUCUACUAUCAUACAGAUCUUCUUAUUCUUCCAAUUAAUCUUACCUUACGUCAAAAAUUUCUUACAAGCAGCCUAUCGCUACGACAGAGAGCACAAAGUAUCUGAGAAGGUGCUCACCCACAGUAUUAGUACCAUUGACGAAUUUGGAAAACAAACCCUAGCGUUUACGACUGCUAUAUACGGUAUCGGCGACGGUAAAUUGGGACGUAUUAUAACGGAAACCGCCGUGUGGGUGGUAGAAGGGAUCACUGGAGGCAUCCAUGAGGGUGUUGGAGAGGGUAUAGCAAUAGUUGGAGCUCGAAGGUCUGCUGGAGUUAAAGAUAGUUGA